AUGUGGCGUCAAGGUGAAGUCCCGCAAGAUUUCAAAGACGCAACCAUCGUGCAUCUCUACAAGCGCAAAGGGAAUCGCCAAGUCUGCGACAAUCACCGCGGCAUCUCCCUGCUGAACAUCGCCGGGAAGAUCUUCGCCCGCAUCCUUCUCAACCGCCUCAAUAACCAUCUGGAACAGGGCCUUCUGCCGGAAAGCCAAUGCGGCUUCCUUCGUCAUCGUGGGAUCACGGAUAUGAUCUUCGCCGCCCGUCAACUUCAGGAGAAGUGUCAGGAGAUGCGGACCCACCUGUACUCUACCUUCGUGGACUUGACGAAAGCCUUUGACACGGUGAAUCGUGAAGGACUGUGGAAGAUCAUGCAGGAAUUCGGCUGUCCGAAGCGAUUCACUCAGAUGGUGCGUCAGCUGCACGACGGUAUGAUGGCGCGAGUCACGGACAACGGAGCUGUCUCAGAGGCAUUCGCAGUGACCAAUGGAGUGAAGCAGGGCUGCGUACUGGCGCCUACCCUCUUCAGUCUUAUGUUCUCUGCCAUGCUGAUGGACGCCUACCGCGACGAACGCCCCGGGAUCCACAUCGCCUACAGGACGGACGGUCACCUCCUGAAUCAACGGCGGAUGCACUUCGAAUCGCACGUAUCCACAACCACCGUUCACGAACUCCUCUUCGCCGAAGACUGCGCCCUGAACACCACCUCGGAAGAGGAGAUGCAACGGAGCAUGGACCUGUUCUCCGCCGCCUUCGAGAACUUCGGUCUGGUCAUUAACACGCAGAAGACGGUGGUGAUGCACUAACCGCCACCCAACUCAGUCCCAGCCCCCAACGCGCCGCCGCAAAUCAGCUUGAACGGAACCCAACUGCAGGUGGUGGAGAACUUCCCGUACCUGGGCAGUACUCUCUCCCGCAACACCAAGAUCGACGACGAAGUCGCCAACAGGAUCUCGAAAGCAAGUCAAGCCUUCGGUCGCCUCCAAAGCACAGUUUGGAAUCGCCACGGUCUUCAGCUGAGCACCAAGUUGAAGAUGUACAAGGCCGUCAUCCUGCCGACACUACUGUAUGGAGCGGAGACUUGGAUGGUGUACGCAAAGCAGGCACGUCGUCUGAACCACUUCCACCUCAGUUGUCUUCGUCGCAUCCUGAGGCUAAAGUGGCAGGAUCGAAUCCCCGACACUGAUGUGCUGGAACGGACGGGAAUCCUCAGCAUCUACGCCAUACUGAGGCAAAUUCAGCUGCGCUGGAGCGGCCACCUGGUGCGCAUGGACGACGAGCGACUACCCAAACGACUCUUUUACGGAGACGUCGCGUCGGGUUCUCGUCGUCAAGGAGGCCAGAUUCGCCGUUAA